AAUAUCAAACUACCAGCCACUUCAUCUGUAAAUCUAUUGCUGGCAGAAUUUCAGAAUCAAGACAUACACCAUUAUUACUCCUCCUGCACAUUUAUUAAUCAACACAUCAGCUGAAAAUUCGACAUGGAUCACCACAGACGAGAGGAUGCAGUCCUCUUCGUUGGGGAAUGCUGAUGAUCCUCGAUUCCGGCAGACACACUUAUUCCAGAUGUUGGUGAAGGUGAUAAACACGUCGGCCGAAAAUGCGACAAAGACAGCGAUUGCGACAUCAUCCACCUCAACUCCAUCCUUUGUGGACACAUAUUCCACGUCGUCGCUGCUCGGUGAAGAAGGUCGAAUGGUUAUGAUAGUUGUCAUCGGUGCAAUGUUCGCAUUAGUAACCUCACUUGGAAAUUUGAUGGUAAUGGUUAGCUUCAAAAUCGACAAGCAACUUCAGACAAUUAGUAACUAUUUCCUGUUUAGUUUAGCCGUCGCAGAUAUUGCAAUUGGUGUCAUAUCAAUACCCAUGUUCACAUACUACACUGCAAUUCAAAAAUGGGAUCUUGGAUACACAAUGUGCCAGUUCUGGUUAUGCAUCGAUUAUUUAAUGAGCAACGCAUCCGUCCUGAAUCUUCUGCUCAUUUCCUUCGAUCGAUACUUCUCAGUGACACGACCGUUGUCCUACAGGCCUAGAAGAACAACUAAAAAAGCAUUGACAAUGAUUGCAUGCACAUAUAUAAUAUCCUUGAUUCUAUGGCCUCCAUGGAUCAUUUCAUGGCCGUAUAUCGAAGGAAAAUUCACUGCAGAACCUGGAACUUGUGUCGUACAAUUCCUGCAGACAAAUCCGUAUGUAACAGUUGGAACCGCGGUUGCUGCAUUUUAUCUUCCUGUUACAAUUAUGUGCAUUCUGUACACGAGAGUAUAUUGGGAAACUCAAAAACGACAAAAAGAGUUUGGAAAGCUUCAAGCUACGCAGUUCUCGCGUCGAUCAAUGAAGCGGGAUGUAUCCUCCACUUCAAUUAUCAAAUCAAGUGGUUCAAUGAGAAAAAAGAAUAAUCAAGAUGGAUACGUUGAAGAUAGCGUGACACCUUGUACUUCCUCUCGGAACUCGAAACGAAAAUCCUGGCUUAGAAAUUGCACUGGAAAAUCAAAUUCUUCAUCUGAAGAUAGUUCAGAAGCAGUUGCAAUGAACCUGGAUGAUACUUCAUUGAGUUCAAGUCAUUUUGCGUUGAGUGGGAGUCGAAGGAGAAACAUUUCACCGCCGUGCACACCGAUGCCGACUAAUUUUGAAGACGAAGAGCAAACUGAUGCGGGAGCAUCUAUGAGAAAUGGGUCAGCAAGGUUUCGAAGUCGCCCAUCAGACACUGGAAAGAAUAACAAUUCGGACACCUAUACAGUUUUGAUUGAGUUAAAUGACGAAGGAAGCCGUCCAAGUGUUCGAUUAAGUAGCUGUGAACCUUAUUUAGACGAACCGAUUUCCACACGGAAUCGCUCAAAAAGUGAUUGUAAUAGUGAGAUUGACGAGCGUCGACACAGUCUUCUCAACAAGCAAUCACCAUUCAAAAAUGGAAGAAUUCUUAAAAACUUCAGUUCUCAAGAGCGCAAAAGUGAGAAAGAGCAACGGAAGAAUGAAAGGAAGCAAGAGAGCAAAGCAGCUAAAACACUUUCCGCCAUUUUGUGCGCUUUCAUCGCCACAUGGACACCAUAUAACUUGAUCGUUUGCUGGGAAGCGUUUUUUCCGAACACUGUUCCAAAUGUUUUAUGGACGUUUAGUUAUUUCCUUUGUUACAUCAACUCGACUAUCAAUCCACUUUGUUAUGCUCUUUGUAAUGCAAGAUUCCGUCACACAUACAUGCGAAUUCUCCGUUGCAAAUUUAAAGCGGAACGUCCCACAAUGAAUCAGGGAUAUGUCCGACGCAACUAGAGACUCAAUCAAUCAGUACAAAAAUGUGCACAACUCCCUUUGCCAAGAUCUCGAAACACUUGAAACAGUAUAUUAGAUGCAUUUGAAAACCGGUCCAACAUCAUCAUUUUCUAAUUUUUUUCAACUUUUUUCUUAACUUUUUUCAAAUUAGUUCGAAAUAUUUGGUCUUGUUUAUCAACAUUCUUCUCACCGAAUCAUUGCUCAUUCAUUGUUGACGGGUUUUUUAAUGUAAAGAAACUCUUUAUUUUU